GUUGUUAGUGCCACUCAGGUUCUAGGGUUUCACGCUCUCUACUAGUUUGAGCUUUCAAUGGGCAAUCUCGUUGAUAACAAGUUCACAUGGGUGAUUCAAAACUUCUCGUCUUCGCAAUCUAGUGCCAUUCUUUCUAAUCAAUUCGUUGUUGGUGGCUGCAAGUGGCAUCUUCUUGCCUAUCCCGAGGGAUUAAAUAAGUCUGAUGAUCAUUUCUCGCUGUUUCUGGAAGUGGCUGAUCAUAAAUCAUUGCCACAUGGAUGGGGUAGACAUGCACGUUAUCGCUUAACUACUGUUAAUCAACAUUCUGAUAAAAUCUCCAAACGAACCGAAGCAAGCAAGUGGUUUGAUCAAAAGACUCCAGGUUGGGGUUUGUCAGGAAUGCUUCCCCUUAGUAAACUUCAUGCCAAGGAUGGUGGGUUUCUUGUGAACGAUGAACUCAAGAUUGUUGCUGAGGUCGAUGUUAUUGAAGUUAUUGGCAAACUAGAUGUAUCCGGGGAAUCUGAAGAGGAAACCCAACCUAUGAAAAAGAUAAAGGUAGAUUAUGAUCAUGUGGAGACCCCACCGGUUAGUGAACUCAUGGACGUCAAUGGUUUUCAAGUCCUUCCUUCCCAGGUGGCUUUUGUGAAGUGUAUUUUUGCAAAACAUCCAGACAUUGCAAAAGAGUUCCGUCCAAAGAACCCACAUCUGAGGAAAGCAUGCAUGACUUUCUUGCUCAGCUUGAUAGAGACAUUGUGCCAACCGCCUCAGAAGCUAUCCAAUGAAGAUCUUGUGGAAGCAAACAAUGCACUGACAUACGUGAAAGUUUCGGGCUUUAAAGUGGAUUGGUUGGAGAAAAAGCUAGAGGAAGUGAAGAAAAAGAAGGAGGAAGAACAAACUGGUGUGACUCGGAUUCAGGAACUAGAGGAGGGAUUGAAGGACUAUAAGCAGAAGUGCUUAAACAUGGAAGCUAUGUUGGAGAAAGAGAAGGCAAAGCUGUUGGCCGCUAGAGCUUCUCUAACAUUGGAUGAUGUUAUUUAAUGACUUUGGCAUGUUCUGAUGUUUGUUUGUUUGUGUGUUCGUUUCAGUCUAUGUUUCGAAAUUGGCUUCCUCUUAAAACUUAGGAAGCUAGAGAGACUUUAUGUGUCUUCCUUUUUUUUUCUUUUUUGUAAUUGGUUUAUGGAUAAUACUAAAUCUGAAAAUAUAGUUUUGUACCUUGGAGAGGAAUGGCUAAUACUGUACAAAGGUUGAUGCCUUCAUUUUCAGCUAUCAAAUCAAUAGGGAAAACCAGUUUCCAUUAGGAUAACUUUUUAAUUCUCUUCAAACCUCAUUAGUGAAUAUUUUUUCGUCACUAAAGCAAAGGAUUUUGGAAUAAAAGCAGCAAUGAAACGAACACACACAAGCCAGAAAAACGAGAAUGUGAGCUCAUAUAAAAACCAUAAUUGUGUGGGUUUCACGUCCUCUUCAUAUUCGUACGUGUUAUCAACUUCAAUGUGCAUAAAUAAAUCUUAAUCAUCAAUGAGAAAUGAUAAAUUUUCCUCUUUGCUUUCUCUGUAAGUAACCUUUGUUGGUCAUAAAUAGGACUCGCUAGGUAUUUUAUAUAACUAAUCAAAGCAGCACACAUAAUGUGCGAAAUUAUAAUUAAAAUUCAGAUUCAGUUGGAUUUGGUUCAAAUUUGGAUAAAAUG